GUUAGUUCUAUCUUUCGGCUUUUCUUCGCCGGUUCUCCCGCCGCCCGACCCGCCUCUGUACUUCUUCUUCUUCACUAGUUUGUGGUCAUGGAGAAGAGUCUUUCAAGUAUAUGCAAUUGGGUUCCUUGUCCCCGCUCCUCGUCGUUUUUAAGACCGUUUCAUUUUUUCAAAGGAAGGUCACCAGCUUUAUCUCCAUUUUCUUCCUCUAUCUGUUGCAGACACCUUCAUCCCUCUUCUUCUUCUUCUUCUCCCGUAGACAGAACACUUUCAGACAUAAAGAAUUCGGGUAUAAUUGCUUGCCUUCGCGCGGAAAGUUCACAGUUAGCCAUUGAAGCAGCUCGUGCUGCAAUUUCCGGUGGUAUCUCAGUUCUGGAGAUUGUGAUGUCAACGCCUGAUGUGUUUGAGAUUUUGCAGCAGCUAGUUCAGGAGUAUCCUACAAUAACAUUUGGGGUUGGGACAGUUUUAAAUGAUAAGGAUGCAAAAAAGGCCUUACUAUCAGGAGCAAAGUUUCUCAUGAGUCCUGCUAUAGUGAAGGAAAUCAUGAGCGUUGUUCAUGCUGGUGAAGCUCUGUACAUACCUGGUGUAAUGACGCCAACAGAGAUAUUGUCUGCAUACAAUAUGGGUGCCAAAAUUGUGAAGGUUUAUCCUGUUUCGGCAUUAGGCGGUGUUCAGUAUAUUGCAGCUAUAAGAAAGCCAUUUUCGCAUAUUCCAAUGGUUGCCUCUCAAGGAGUAACAAUAGAUUUAUUAGGGGAUUAUAUUUUACAAGGAGCUUCUGCAGUUCUUCUUUCGGAUGCAAUAUUUAGUAAAGAAGCUAUGGGUAGAAAGGAUUUUAAUGCAAUAUACAGAUUGGCUCAGCUAGCAGUGUUUGAGGGGAAGAAAGCUUUAGAAAGGAAGAGAAAUGAAUUGCCUUGAAUCUUUUGAUCAUGUCAGACUCUAGAAUUAGGUUUAUAUUUCACUUUCUAACAAUCAAUGGUUUUUGGAUAUUUACAUUGACAAAAAAUUUAUGCCUAUUUUUCAGUUGUAUUUUUUCUUUGCUGAAAUAUUUUUAGGAAUACUACUGUA